AUGCGGCAGGCUGCGUGUGGGGCUGGGGUUGCCCGUGGGCCGAGCGCCCCUCCUGGGCCACCGGCACAGCUGCGGUUCUUCCGGCCGGCCCUGAUUGCGGAGCCGAGCAGCGUCGCCACCAGCUUCGGGGAGAGGGUGGGGGGCCGGCGGGGGCGGAGAAGCGCCUCCCUCUGCUCCAGCCGUGGCCCUGGGGCCCGGCCCCCGCCCCCGCGGCCGCUGCUCAGUCCUUGGUCCCCUGAGCGGAGCUUGCUACCGGGUGACAGGUCUGAGCGCCUGGGAGGGAGCCUUUGGGCAGCCCGGCGGGGAGCUGUCUUGGGGAGGGCACUUGCAGCCGCCAGCCCAGGCUCCGGAGGCCUGGGAGGCAGGACUGAGGCCCAGGCGCAAGCUCCGGCCGCCGGACGCUGGGCGCCAGGGGGUGGGUGGGUUCGUUGGGGGAAUCAGCCAGCCUUCCCCUCCCCCCGUCGCCCUAGGGCUAGGGUCCCUCAGGAGGAUGGAUCCUCCUUCACUGCUCGGGCAUCUCCCCCAGCCGGCAUCACGGAGGGCCCUCAGGAAGCCCGGGUGACCCCGUCCUGUCCCCUGGACGGGGCCUUCUGGAUCCCCCGGCCUCCAGGUGCCCCGCCAAAGGGCUGCUUCGCCUGUGUGUCCAAGCCCCCAGCCCUGCAGCCUUCAGCAACGACCUCAGCAGCUGCACAGGGCCCGGCCCCCGCCCUGUGUCCCAUGGAGGCCAAGAGCUUCAAGGCCGACAGCGUCCGGACCGGCACGGGCUCGGGGCCCGGCAAGCACCUGGCGGAGAAAAAGACCAUGACCAACCCCACCACUGUCAUCGAAAUCUACCCUGACACCACGGAGGUCAAUGACUAUUAUCUCUGGUCCAUCUUCAACUUCGUCUACCUCAAUUUCUGUUGUCUGGGCUUCAUUGCUCUGGCCUACUCCCUGAAGGUUCGGGACAAGAAACUACUGAAUGAUCUGAACGGGGCUGUGGAAGAUGCCAAGACGGCCCGUCUCUUCAACAUUACCAGCUCAGCUCUGGCCGCCUUCUGCCUAGUCCUCAUCUUCAUUUUCCUGCGGUACCCCCUCAAUGACUACUGAGUCGGGGGGGGGUGGCCAGGGAGGCCCUUGCUUCCUCCCCCGCCUCAUCCCGCUGACCUGAACUGUCAGGGGGAGAAGAGUGUUUGCUUUGGACGUUUUUACGGGGGAAUUAAUCAUUCAAAGUAUUUAUUUUCAAUAUAAAAGGGACGUGGUGGGAGGGGAAUGGAAAGGGUAGAGACCCAGGAAGGGACAGCUUGGGGAAGUCAGAGUGGGGCGGGAGCCCCACUGAACCCUCCAUGUGGCUCCCAGUUCUGCUGGGUCCAGGCUGAACCAGGUCUCAGGGCCACCAGGAUGUACUGGGCAACAGGAGGAGGGGAUGAGGUGGGCUACAGGGGGCUAUGCCUUCGUCCCACCCACUGUACAGGGCCCUCCCCGGCCCGAGACCUCACCCCAACCUUCUCCUUGGGCCGGUGCUUCAGCUACACCCACAACCCCAGCAAUCGACAGCCUGGCCUGUCAGCACUUUUGCUCCCCAGCCCUCGCAUCUCCCCUCCCACCUCCUAAGGGCGCAGUCCCUAGCACCAGGCCAGAGCUUCCGUGGAGCAAGGCAGGAGGGUAGUUACUACUGGCUGCUCAGGCUGCCUGCCCACCAGGCUCACCCCAGCCCGUCACCCUGCUUAGAGCUACUGAGAAUGGGCGUCUUUCCAAUGAAGCGCCUCUGCCCAGCUCCCCAAAAUGCAAAUUUCCAGGGUUGGGGCUAGAGAUGAGGGGGUGUGAGAACGCCUAAGGUCUAGUCCUGGCUCACAUCCCCUUCCCAACCUUCAGGACACCUCCCAUGUCUUUGAAGUCAUUCGAUGAAUCUGAUGGAUGUGCCUGGGAGGGAAGGGUGCAGGGCUGGUGAUGGGCUCCCCAUUUGAUUGUCGAGGAAACAGGUCCACCAAGACGGAAUGUCUUUGCUAGGCUCACCCAGCUAAUUAGAGUGCUCUAGUUACUAAUAACAAAUCAAAGAUUUACAGAGCAUUUCCUGGGUGGCCAGUCCUUCACCAAGUGCUGUGGGCAGAGCGGUUCCCGCUCUGAGGAGCUACAAAUCUGCUUGGGGAGACCAGACUCACAUGAGGACAAACCAGGCUGGAAGGUUGUUGUGACCUAACGUUAACUAUACUCAAACACUGUGACUUGAAAUUCUGUGUGUGUGUGUGUGUGUGUGUGUGUGUGUGUGUGUGUGUGUCCGUGCCUGUUCCUUUGUGUCUGCCUGGCUGGCUCAUUCCUUCUCCAACUGGCCACUGCUUGGGCUCUGUCCUGCUGUAUUUGUGAGAAUACCCUUCUGUGUUUUUUUUUUGUGUGUGUUUUUUUGUUUUUUCUUGCUAGCAGAGCUGGGGUCAGAAGGGCACUGAUUUUGUACUAAGAAGACUUGACUCACACUUACUAGCAGUGUGACCUUGGACAAGUCCUUGCCCUCCCCAGGGUCUCAGGUUCUCCCUCUGUCCAGUCAAGGUGGACAGGGCUCUGUGGUCCCUCCCAGUUAAGACAAAUCUAUGACUGAGUUUGACAGUCCAUCGGGGGCAUGAGGUAAAUAACGAAACAGAGAUAAUUCACCAUCUAAAGAAAAGCAAGCCCCCAGGUCCUGAGACUGCUCAGUUCAGCUCUACUAACCUACCUUCAGGAGCCAAGGCAGGAUGGACGAGCAGCCAGCAGACCCUCUCCCUUUGCUGCCUAUUUUCCCCCACUCUGUUCCCAGGAUUUCAUCUACCUGAGCCCCCAGGAAACCCUCAUGCCCCUGGCUGGGAUGCUGACUGAUCCUAGGGAGAGGAGUGUUGGGGGGAUGAUGAAUGCAUUGGACGGGGCCUGAAGGUCAAGGGAAUAGGAAGGAGCUUGAUGCUAGCUGACCCCUGGGAAGACCCCUCUGUCCCACUGAAGCCACUAGUGCUGUCAUCAAGAGCAGAGGCCAACCUUCCUGUAGGGACAAACCAAAACAGAGGGGGCAAUGGGGCAGCAUCCCCCAGGGCUGGGCUGGGGACAGCCAGGUUUGCGGCAGCAGUCCCACAGCUGGAGCCAGGGCAACUCCCGGUUCUGGAAGAUUGGAGGUGAUCGGGGUAGGUCUGCAGAUGGGGUGGGCAGCCCAUGUGCAGGGCCAGCCUGAGCUUGACCACGAAUGGGGCACUUUGAUGGCGAGGUUGGCGAGGGGCUGUGGAACCACCCAGCAGGCAGGCAAACAGACCACACCAAUGGCAUUCGCAGCCUCCUGACGCAGUUGUCCCAGCUAGGUCCCAGCCUUGCCCUUGGCCUGGGCCAUGGCCCCACACCACCUCUUGAUCCACUUGCCAGCUCCCACCACUGCCAUGCUCCAAAGGGCCCUUUUUUUCCUGGUCAUUUCCAUAGACCUCUCCUAUUCUGAGAUAUUUACGCAAUUUGGAGGAAGGGGAGGGACACAGCUCAGGCUCCUGCUAUCCUGGUGUGAUCCAUCUCUGAACUGGGCGUCAGGGCCUGGCUUUGCAUCCUGGCUCUGCCACCGAUUAACCAUAUGACCUUGGGUCAAUUCUUUCCCCUCUAGGCCUCAAUUUCACCACUUAUUGUUCUCUCAUUUCCCUAUGCCAGGCUCAGACGGUGGGAGUGGGAGCCUGGGUGAAGGAGGAAGAAGCAGAGAUAGAAGGAGAAGGAAGGACCAGGUACCCCCAUUUGUGGGUUCUGAGCCAUCAGGACCAUGGAUGGCUGUCAGGCAAGGCCUGAGUUAAUACAGCAACUCUGGGGCUCUUCCUGGGGCUCUUUUCCCAUCUCUGGAUUACACUGAGGCCAGCAGCAUUCAGGGAAGCUGCCUGAGUGGCCCAUGAGGUGGAGGGAGGCCCAGGAUUCCUGCCUCCUUCAAGGCCUGGAGCAGCAGUCCCCUGCCCCAGGAAGCCUGCCUUUCCUCUGCUAGUGAAGGCCAUCGCUCCCUGCCUGGGCUCUCCCAGCUAUCCGAAGGCACAGUGCUGCUUUGCUCUCUCUGCUGACACCCCUCCCCCAAUCAGACCUAGCGCUCACUGACAGGACUUGUGAACUAUCUGUCUUUGUAAUCGAACCUCUUGUCUGGCAAAGGGCCUCGCACACACUCGGUGACUAAUAAAUGUUUGUCUAACUGAA